AUAUUAAUGUCUCUCUCUUUCUCUCUCUCAAAAUCAAGAACACUCACACAUGUCCAACCCCACAAGCUCCUACGGAAUAGUUACUGUUCUUUUCAUGCUUAAAGUGAAGUGGGGUUGUGCUUUUUGGUUUCAUCUGCUGUUAGAUUUUUCUGAAAAACAAUGAAAUCAGUUGCAUCAAAACUCUCAUGCCUGCAACCCAUAUAUACCUUUAGUUCUGAAAAAUAGAAAAAGGUGGAAACACUGGUGUCUUCCACCAAGAUCAUUCUUGUGGAAUUACCAGGCUGUUUUCAUACUUUGCUUCACAUUAUUGAGGCCAUGUUUUGAUUGCAGACUUUGUUCUGCUUGUCCUUGGAUGUGACAAGCGAGUUUUUGCUUCAGCAUAUGCUGCUGCUUUCACCAAAUUCUCUUCAAUUUUACUCUCCAUGAAGGGCUGUUGGUGAAAGCUGAGAGAUCUUCAGAGUUGUUGAUCUGGUUUUCCUUCAGGAGAAAAUGGGACUGCCGCUGAUUUUCCUGCUAAUUCAGCUGCAUUUAGUUGUCUGCACUCAGCAGAUUCAUGAAUAUGCAGCCACCAAACUGCAACAUUCCAGUGACAGAAGCCAUUUUAGUAUUGCAAUCCCACCAAAGUCAUCUUCUGAAGGUCAUUCAAGUAUUGCACAUUCACCUUCCAAGUCAUCUUCUGGGGUACCUACAAGCAUUGCACUUUCACCUUCCAAGUCAAUUCACAAAGCUCCUACAAUCAUAUGGACACAUGGUUCUGUGGAUUCCCCAAUCUCACAUCAUAAGCAUCAGUAUUCUAAAAGAAAGUCCCACAAUCCAACUCUAGCACCAAUCUAUGCAGUCCAGCCUCCAACAUACAGCCAUCAAGGCCCUUCGGUUUUCAAAUCACGACCCCCUUUCUCUUCACCAAAUGUUAAGGAUAUUCAUGCCCCAGCCCCUGCACCAUCACCAGCUAUUGUACCAAGUCACUUCAAUGUACCCUCUACUUCACCAACAAUUUCUCCUCUAGGUUCAUCAUUGCACAAGAAAAAGACUCCACCACCAGCAUAUGAAUUUGUUCUGCCACCUCCACCUCCUAAUAAGGAUUGCUUGUCGAUGACUUGCUCAGACCCCUUGACGUAUACACCUCCUGGGUCACCUUGUGGUUGUGUAUGGCCGCUUCAGGUUAAAAUCCAUAUCAACAUUGCAAUAUACAAGUUUUUUCCAUUGGUUGCAGAGCUAGCCAAGGAAAUUGCAGCAAGUGUUCUGCUGAACCAUACCCAGGUUCGCAUUGUGGAAGCUGAUGCAGCUAGUCAGCAACUGGAGAAAACCACUGUUCUCAUAGAUUUAGUACCCAAAGGAGUAAAAUUUGAUGAUACCACUGCAUUUUUAAUAUAUAAGAAAUUCUGGCGCAGAGAGAUUCUCAUAGAUGCUUCAGUCUUUGGUGCUUAUGAAGUACUCUAUGUUCAUUAUCCAGGUCUUCCACCAUCUCCACCGUCAACUCCCUCGGAUGCUUCUGUUAUAGAUGAUGAGCCAAAUCCAGGACAUGACCACAAUGGAAUGAUGAUGAAACCUUUAGGAGUAGAUGUCCCAAAGAAGAACAAAGAAGGGAGUAAUGGAAGAAUGAUUGUUAUAAUUGUGCUGUCAUCAGUUACUGCUUUUGUUGUAUUCAUUGGUCUUGCUUGGAUCUGUGCGCUGAAAUGCUGUGCCUAUGUUCAUGAACACAAACCAGUUCCAGAUGGUUUAAUUUCAUCCUCUUCAAAACAAUCAACAGGGGCUGCUAGGUCAUUGCCUCACGGGAUCAGGUCAGGUUCUGGAUCACAGUCUUUCAAUUCUGGAACAAUAACAUACACAGGGUCUGCUAAGAUUUUUACUUUGAAUGACUUAGAGAAAGCAACAAAUAACUUUGAUUCUUCAAGAAUAUUAGGAGAAGGUGGUUUUGGACUUGUUUACAAAGGUGUUCUAAAUGAUGGGAGGGAUAUAGCCGUGAAGGUUCUCAAAAGAGAUGAUCAGCGUGGUGGUCGGGAAUUCUUGGCAGAAGUUGAGAUGCUUAGCCGUCUACACCAUCGAAAUUUAGUUACAUUGUUUGGUAUAUGCAUAGAGAAACAGACUCGUUGCUUAGUUUAUGAGCUUGUCCCUAAUGGAAGUUUGGAAUCUCACUUACAUGGAGCUGACAAGGAAACUGGUCCACUGGAUUGGAAUGCACGGAUGAAGAUUGCUCUCGGUGCAGCUCGGGGUCUGGCCUAUCUGCAUGAAGAUUCAAAUCCAUGUGUCAUACAUCGGGAUUUCAAGGCCAGCAACAUCUUGUUGGAGUAUGAUUUUACACCCAAGGUCUCAGAUUUUGGACUGGCUAGAACAGCACUGGAUGAGAGAAACAAGCACAUUUCCACACAUGUUAUGGGAACAUUUGGCUACUUAGCUCCUGAAUAUGCAAUGACUGGCCAUCUUCUGGUCAAGAGUGAUGUUUACAGUUAUGGAGUUGUACUCCUUGAGCUUCUAACUGGAAGAAAGCCCGUGGAUUUGUCACAACCACCAGGUCAAGAAAAUCUUGUGACAUGGGUUCGUCCACUUCUCACCAGUAAGGAGGGUCUGCAGAUGAUCAUAGACCCAGUUGUAAAGCCUAACAUUUCCGUUGAUAUUGUAGUUAAAGUUGCAGCAAUUGCAUCCAUGUGUGUGCAACCAGAAGUCUCACAACGUCCAUUCAUGGGAGAAGUUGUUCAGGCCUUGAAGCUGGUGUGUAGUGAGGUUGAGGAAACAGACUAUUUAAGAUCAAUGAGUUAUCAAGAGGAUUUUCUAACUGAUGUGGAAGGAAAGUUUUCUGAAGCUUCAGGUGAAAGAGUGGAAUUUUCAGAGUAUCAAAAAACUCUAUCUGGCUAUCAAUCAGGUGAAGAAAAGGUAGAAUUAUCAGCAUCAGAGUUUCUCGGUGCUUCAGGUCAGGAAUUUCAAUCAUUCAGGAGGUAUUCUCGAUCAGGGCCUCUAACCAUUGGGAAGAAAAGGCAGUUCUGGCAGAAGUUGAGAAGUUUGUCUGGUGGUAGUACCAGUGAACAUGGAUUUUCAACGAAACUAUGGCCGGGAUCUCAUUAAGCUUUCAGCAAUCUUGCGUUUUUGCUUACUAAAUUCAUGUUCCAUGAAUCACUUGUCAGAUUCACUCUAAAGAAAAUGCUGUGAUAAUAAUGCAAAAAGGUCACAAACUAGAACUACUUAUCAAUGUAUAAACUUCGUACCCUUGUUGGUUUCUAGGUA